CAUCAUACAUGGAGGAUGACAGAAAAAUCUAAUGGCGUGAAGAGCUCCCCAGCCAAUAACCACAACCAUCAUGCCAUCCCUACCAUCAAAGUCAAUGGUAAAGAUGAGAGUGGGACCAGAAGCAGGACACAAUCUGCAGCUGAUGAUGACACCUCCUCAGAACUGCAGAGGUUGGCAGAGAUGGAUGCUCCACUGCAAGGAAGGGGUGGCUUCCACAGGAUUGCCCGUCUGGUGGUCGUCAUCAGAGAGUGGGUGAACAAGAAUUUCCGAGAGGAGGAACCCAGGCCUGACUCAUUCCUUGAGCGUUUUCGUGGACCGGAGCUCCAGACUGUGACGACACAGCAAGGAGAUGGCAAAGGAGAGAAGGACACCAAAGGAAAAGGACUCAGGAAAAAAUUGGAACUAUUUGUCUUGGAUCCAGCUGGAGACUGGUACUACCGCUGGCUGUUUGUCAUUGCCUUACCUGUGCUAUACAACUGGUGUCUGUUGGUGGCCAGAGCCUGCUUCAGUGACCUGCAGAGAGGUUACUUCCUGGUGUGGCUGGUGUUGGACUAUUUCUCGGACGUGGUCUACAUUGCAGAUCUUUUCAUCCGAUUGCGCACAGGUUUCUUGGAGCAGGGGCUGCUAGUCAAAGAUCCCAAGAAACUGCGAGACAACUACAUCCACACCCUACAGUUCAAGCUAGAUGUGGCUUCUAUCAUUCCUACAGACUUGAUCUAUUUUGCUGUGGGCAUCCACAAUCCUGAGCUGCGCUUCAACCGCCUGCUACACUUUGCCCGCAUGUUUGAGUUUUUUGAUCGCACUGAAACCCGCACUAGCUACCCUAACAUCUUUCGCAUCAGCAACCUGGUCCUUUACAUUUUGGUCAUCAUCCAUUGGAAUGCCUGUAUCUAUUAUGCCAUCUCCAAGUCCAUCGGCUUUGGGGUUGACACUUGGGUUUACCCCAACAUCACUGAUCCUGAAUAUGGAUACCUGGCUAGGGAAUACAUUUAUUGUCUCUACUGGUCUACACUGACUCUCACCACUAUUGGGGAGACACCACCACCUGUAAAGGAUGAGGAAUACCUAUUUGUCAUCUUUGACUUCUUGAUUGGUGUCCUUAUCUUUGCUACCAUUGUGGGAAAUGUAGGCUCCAUGAUUUCCAAUAUGAAUGCCACUAGGGCAGAAUUCCAGGCUAAAAUUGAUGCUGUCAAGCACUACAUGCAGUUCCGCAAAGUCAGCAAGGAAAUGGAAGCCAAGGUCAUUAAGUGGUUUGACUACCUGUGGACUAAUAAGAAGACUGUGGAUGAGCGAGAAGUACUUAAGAACCUGCCAGCCAAGCUCAGGGCUGAGAUAGCUAUCAAUGUUCACUUGUCCACACUCAAGAAAGUGCGCAUCUUCCAGGACUGUGAGGCUGGCCUGCUGGUGGAACUGGUGCUAAAGCUCCGUCCUCAAGUCUUCAGCCCUGGGGAUUACAUUUGCCGCAAGGGGGACAUUGGCAAGGAAAUGUACAUAAUUAAAGAAGGCAAAUUGGCAGUGGUGGCUGAUGAUGGUGUGACUCAAUAUGCCCUGCUUUCAGCUGGGAGCUGCUUUGGUGAGAUCAGUAUCCUUAACAUUAAAGGUAGCAAAAUGGGCAAUCGGCGCACAGCUAACAUUCGCAGCCUGGGCUACUCGGAUCUUUUCUGCUUGUCCAAGGAUGACCUCAUGGAAGCUGUGACUGAGUACCCUGAUGCCAAGAAGGUUUUGGAGGAGAGGGGCAGGGAAAUUCUAAUGAAGGAGGGACUGCUGGAUGAAAACGAGGUGGCUGCAAGCAUGGAGGUGGAUGUGCAGGAGAAGCUAGAACAGCUGGAGACAAACAUGGAGACCUUGUAUACUCGCUUUGGCCGCCUGCUAGCUGAGUACACAGGGGCCCAGCAGAAACUCAAGCAACGCAUCACAGUUCUAGAGAUCAAGAUGAAACAGAGCAAUGAGGACGAUUAUUUGUCAGAUGGGAUGCAUAGUCCAGAGCCAGCUUCUGCUGAGCAGCCAUAAAGGCAAAGGCUUGAUGGCAUUGUCAGCCUUGGUUUUGAUCCCAAGAACUAGAAGAGUUGUAUAGAGCUCCGGACUUGUGUGCAUUACCAUCAUACCCACUUGAACUUUUCCAGAAACCAGUCUAAUCCCAGGUUUUUGGCCUAAGCACCCUACAAACCUUUUCAAGUCUAGCAGAUAGUGAAGCUUCUGGACAGGACAGACCAUCCUGGCUGGGCUUCUAGGAUCUUCGCUUUGACCAAUUAGAAGGAGGAAGAGGGGAGAGCUGAACUGAACUCGAUGGGUCUGUCCUGGAACUGGAAGCUGGGCACUUGUCUGCUCUGAUGGUCAACAUAUGCAGAACAGCGUGCACCCUUGCUGCAGUACUCCUUUGCAUUUGCCACUCUCCACUUGGUUCUGGUCCCUAUUUUUUCUAACAUGUGUUCUGAAUUUCCCCUGCAUGUAUAUGUGGUUUAAACACUCGCUACAGGUAUUACCUAAUACCCAGUGUUUACCUGCCAAGGCAGGCUAUGAUGGUGGUGGGGGAGCAUGUAGGUGCUCGUUCAAGGCUGUCCAUCUUGGUUAGCCACUAUAGCUCCUGCUCUGGUGACUACUUUAUUUGUCUGCUAGGUUGCUGUGAGAUCUCUGCAAUCUUCUUUGGAACUGGGAUAUUAUCAUGCCCCUGACUCUGGUCCAUUCCAGGUCAGAGGGUGAGGAAUCAGGUGACUGGCAAUUGUCCAACCGGGAAUGGCAUCUGUACAGGUGGCCAACAACUGCGUCCAUCACCCCUGUAUGCAGAGUAUUGCUAAAGAGGUCCUGAAGCUUGUAGGAGACUCCUGCAGUUAACAUCUGCACUAGACA